UCCAGUAAGUCAUCACAAGAACACCAUUUCAGUUAUUAAUUUCUGCAUUAUUUUAUAAAGAAAAACUAACGCGUCGAUUGUAGUCAUCUUAAAUGAUUGAGAACAGACAUUAUUGGCCUUGAAUGAAGUAACGAAAGAAAUUUUCCUACAAAAUGCUGACUUCUUGCCAAGCAAGCCAGUAGACUAUCGAAAAUUUCUGGUUCUCUCGUUGGGGACUGGAUCAGCCAAGCAAGAAGAGAAAUUGAAUGCAUCCAAGACAUCCAAGUGGGGCGUCCUUGGAUGGCUAUACAACAAUGGCACGACACCAUUGAUUGAUAGUUUUAGUCAAGCUAGUUCUGAUAUGGUGGACAUCCAUGCCUCUGUCAUAUUCCAAGCAUUGCAUUGCGAGGGCAACUAUCUUCGGAUACAGGAUGAUACUUUGAUGGGUGACACAGCAUCUGAUGUAUCUUCCAAAGAGAAUUUAAUGAAGCUCGUUCAAAUUGGCAAACAACUGCUAAAGAAACCAGUAUCGAGGGUGAACUUAGACCCUGGAGUGUAUGAAGCAGUCCAAAUGGCAGGAACAAAUGAAGAAGAACUGACUCGUUUUGCCAAGAUGCUUUCCGAUGAAAGACGACUCAGACUUGGGAAGAUGCAUUUGAAUUGAUAGCAUCGGCAUGGUGCCAAACAAGAGAUCGUCCAUUAAUUCCCUUCGUCUAUGGAAUAAAAUUAUUCU